AUUUUUAAACGAAAAAAAAAAAAACUUUGGCCUCUCCGGUGACUCUUCCUUCUUCUGCUACCGAACUUUUCGCUUCCUUCUCUGACCAAUUUUUUUCAACAACCUCUCUUCUUCAACAAAUUCUCUUCUCAAAUCCUCCAAAUCCUCUCUGCCAUGAACGCUACUUUCUUCCUCCUCUCCACCACCGUCUCCACCGUCACAAUCACCGGAUUCAACGGUCUCGAUUUCUCAUCUUAGAACCACAUGCAUCCCUUCUGUUGCGUUACAACUGUCUCCGAUCACUCUCCUUCGAUGCCUCCGUUACCUGAACCACAACCGCCUCUACCGAAUUACGCCGCCGAUUUUGGUUCGGCGAGAUCCGAACCGAUUAUAACUCGAUCUGCUUCUCAAAGUUAUAAUCAUUCAGGUCAAUUCAAUAACAAUCUUAUUCAUAGUCUCUCGUUUAAUCAUCACCAGAGUGAUGUAACGGAUCGAUUGGGGCAACGCGUUUUAGCUUUGCCGGCGGCGGUUAGAGAACCACCGGUUGAUGUUAAGAUUAACGAUAUCGUUGGGAAUGGAAUUGCUGGGAUUUUGUAUAAGUGGGUGAAUUAUGGUAGAGGAUGGAGACCUAGGUGGUUUGUUUUGCAAGAUGGUGUUCUUUCUUAUUAUAAGAUUCAUGGACCUGAUAAGAUCUUUGUUAGUCCUGAAACUGAGAAAGGAUCUAAAGUCAUUGGAGAUGAGUCUGCUCGUAUGAUCUCUAGGCAUAAUCGCCGUGGCGGUAGCAGUAGUAGUUGCCAGCUUCGUCGCAAGCCAUUCGGAGAAGUCCAUCUCAAGGUUUCUUCAGUUAGAGAGAGUAGAUCAGAUGAUAAGAGGUUUUCCAUUUUUACUGGUACCAAGAGGCUUCAUUUGCGUGCGGAGACGCGAGAGGACCGAACAACUUGGGUUGAGGCUUUACAAGCUGUUAAAGAUAUGUUUCCAAGGAUGUCUAAUAGUGAGUUGAUGGCUCCGACUAACAAUUUGGCUAUGUCGACGGAGAAGAUUAGGUUAAGGUUGAUUGAGGAAGGAGUAAGUGAGUUAGCUAUUCAGGACUGUGAGCAAAUUAUGAAGUCUGAGUUCUCAGCACUUCAGAGCCAGCUGGUGCUUCUUAAACAGAAGCAGUGGCUUCUCAUUGAUACUCUUAGGCAGUUGGAGACAGAAAAGGUAGAUCUUGAGAACACAGUUGUAGAUGAAAGUCAAAGACAGGCUGAUAAUGGAUGUUCCGGUGAAUUAAGACACGAGAAGUUCAGUGAAGGCACUGCCACUGAGUCUGAUGAUGAUAAUGAACGAGGUGAUGCCGCCGAGGAGGAAUUUGAUGAGGAAGAAAAUACCUUUUUUGAUACACGUGAUUUUCUUUCUUCAAGUUCUUUCAAGAGUAGUGGUUCUGGUUUUCGUACAUCAUCAUUUUCGUCCGAUGAAGAUGGCUUUGAGUCUGAAGAUGAUAUUGAUCCUUCCAUCAAGUCUAUUGGAUGCAAUUAUCCUCGCGUCAAAAGGAGGAAGAAUUUACCUGAUCCGGUUGAAAAAGAGAAAAGUGUUAGCCUUUGGUCAAUGAUCAAAGACAAUAUAGGGAAGGAUCUCACAAAAGUCUGUCUUCCUGUUUACUUCAACGAGCCACUUUCUUCUUUACAGAAAUGUUUUGAGGAUUUGGAAUAUUCGUACCUUCUUGACCGAGCAUUUGAAUAUGGCAAAAGGGGAAAUAGCCUCAUGAGGAUACUUAAUGUAGCUGCUUUUGCUGUAUCUGGGUAUGCAUCAACUGAAGGAAGAAUUUGCAAACCUUUUAAUCCAUUGUUAGGUGAAACAUACGAGGCAGACUAUCCAGACAAAGGCCUUCGAUUUUUUUCAGAAAAGGUCAGUCAUCAUCCUAUGGUUGUCGCAUGCCAUUGUGAUGGCACCGGAUGGAAAUUCUGGGGAGACAGCAAUCUUAGGAGCAAAUUCUGGGGUCGAUCUAUUCAGCUUGAUCCUGUUGGUGUAUUGACUUUGCAAUUUGAUGAUGGAGAAAUCCUUCAGUGGAGUAAGGUGACUACAUCAAUAUACAAUCUCAUACUUGGUAAACUAUACUGUGAUCACUAUGGUACUAUGCGUAUUGAGGGUAGUGCAGAAUACUCAUGUAAACUUAAAUUCAAGGAGCAGUCCAUCAUAGACCGAAAUCCUCAUCAGGUUCAUGGUAUAGUUCAAAACAAGAGUGGGAAGACAGUGGCAACUAUGUUUGGGAAAUGGGAUGAGAGCAUACACUUUGUGACGGGUGAUUGUUCUGGAAAAGGGAAAUUGAGUGAAGAUAUGUCAGGAGCUCAACUUCUCUGGAAACGGAGCAAACCUCCUGGAAACGCAACAAAGUAUAAUCUAACACGUUUUGCAAUCACAUUGAAUGAGCUUACACCUGGGCUUAAGGAGAGGCUGCCACCAACGGAUUCAAGGCUGCGACCGGACCAGAGGUAUCUCGAGAACGGAGAGUUUGAAAUGGCCAACACAGAAAAGUUGCGGCUGGAACAGCGACAACGUCAGGCGAGGAAGAUGCAGGAGAGAGGAUGGAAGCCGAGGUGGUUCAUGAAGGAGAAAGGAAGCGAGUCUUACCGAUACAAAGGAGGUUACUGGGAAGCCCGAGAGGAUGGAUCAUGGGUAGACUGUCCAGACAUCUUCGGCCACAUCGAUUCCGAUCAACAAAUGAUAGAGUAAAACGAAAUUACCAUUCACAUCGAUUCUUGAAUCACGAAGUAUUAAAUUCCUCCUAUCUUCCUUUCUAAUUACGUUUUCGUUUCUUCUAUUAUUUUUCUUCCUUUUUCAUCUCAUUAUUCUUUACUCGCCAUUUCACGUUACAGGACCUUUACCUUUAGUCUCUUUUUUUCUUUUCUUCUUUGUAUAUCAUGAAAUAGUUUCGCGUCAUACCCAAAUUUGUCCAAUCCUUGUAAGUGGAAGAAUGUGCUCCAAAUCAUACAUGGCUAUAUUGAAUAAGCAAAAGGAAGAAAGUUACUUAUGUGAAAGAGAUGUGGCUACCCUUUGUUAAGUGUACUUAUGCUUCUACCUGUGAGUCGGUUAGUCAUUGCAUUCCCAAAUAAUUACUCGAGUAAGGAUGCCGAAAAUGUUGAGGUUCCGACCAUGCUUAUUGUACAGAAUGAAGCUUCAAGAACAUACUCAAUCAGUUAUUGGAGCAACCAAUUGAAGACGAGACUAGUUCAUCACCACCCUUAGCCAUGAACAUCAUCGAUCAAGCCCAUGGAUGGAAAAAUAGCGGAUUUAUCAUAACUUAAUAUUCCUAGAUGCACAAUUUGAUAUGCCUCGUUGUAGAGUAAUUGGACAAGAUUAUCGUAACGUUACAAGCCUAUUUAUAUGUAACAUGUUAACGACCAGUCCCAAUGGACAUGGAAAAGGUUGUGUUUAGUCGAGUGAGUAAAUAAGUCAUGCCUCGUCAGCAUUUUUUAUGGU